UCGCAGUCCGUAGAUAAAUAUGUGAGUGUAUCUGGGAUGUAAGACCAUUGACUUGUGAUUAUCGGGUUAACUUUGCAGUUGCAACCACAAGAUGUCCACGCCUGUGCUGUCUGAAGACGAAUUAGGAAAGAAAUGGGAUAAGUGUCUUACAGAUUCUGUGCUGAAACUGGGUGGAGGCCUGCUGAUAGGUGCCACAUUCUCAGUCCUGUUUUUCAGAAGGAGGCCAUGGCCACUUAUACUUGGUACAGGAUUUGGUCUUGGAAUGGCGUAUGCGAAUUGUGAGACGGACCUCAAUGCUACAUUCCAGUCAAAGCCAAAGCAAUGACGGUGGACAUAUGGCCAUAGACUGCCACAGUUCCUCCUCUGCCUCUGUACUUUACAUGCAGACAGAAGAGUUGCCAGCCUUCAUAGUGAAAGAAUUGUUGAAAAUAGUGUAAAAUAUUUAAAUUAAAUUGUAUUUGCUUUCUUA